AUGCAUUCUUUGAAUUUUAUUUGUGUAGAAGAAAUUGAGGAAGAAUCUGAAACAACAAUUGAGGCGGACUUGACUGAUAAACAGAAACAUCAGUUGAAACAUAGAGAGCUCUUUUUGUCACGCCAGUAUGAAUCUCUGCCUGCAACACAUAUCAGGGGAAAAUGCAGUGUUGCCCUUCUGAAUGAGACAGAGUCAGUAUUGUCAUAUCUUGAUAAAGAGGAUACCUUUUUCUAUUCAUUGGUCUACGACCCUUCAGUGAAAACACUAUUAGCUGACAAAGGUGAAAUCAGAGUGGGACCUAGAUAUCAAGCAGACAUUCCAGAAAUGCUCUUAGAAGGAGAAUCCGAUGAGAGGGAACAGUCCAAAUUGGAAGUUAAAGUCUGGGAUCCAAAUAGCCCACUUACAGAUCGACAGAUUGACCAGUUUUUAGUUGUAGCACGUGCUGUUGGGACGUUUGCUCGAGCCCUUGAUUGCAGCAGUUCUGUGAGGCAGCCUAGUUUGCAUAUGAGCGCAGCUGCAGCUUCUCGAGACAUCACCCUGUUUCAUGCUAUGGAUACAUUGUAUAGGCACAGCUAUGAUUUAAGCAGUGCAAUUAGUGUCUUAGUACCACUUGGAGGGCCUGUUUUAUGCAGAGAUGAAAUGGAAGAGUGGUCAGCUUCUGAAGCUAGUUUAUUUGAAGAGGCACUGGAAAAAUAUGGCAAAGACUUCAAUGACAUACGUCAAGACUUUCUCCCUUGGAAAUCAUUGACUAGCAUCAUUGAAUAUUAUUACAUGUGGAAAACUACUGACCGAUAUGUGCAGCAGAAACGUCUAAAGGCAGCAGAAGCUGAGAGUAAACUGAAACAAGUGUAUAUCCCAACUUACAGCAAACCAAAUCCCAACCAAAUAUCCGCCAGCAAUGGCAAACCUGGUGCCGUGAAUGGAGCCGUGGGGACCACAUUCCAGCCACAGAACCCCCUCCUAGGGCGAGCCUGUGAGAGCUGCUACGCUACACAGUCUCAUCAGUGGUAUUCUUGGGGCCCACCUAAUAUGCAGUGUAGAUUGUGUGCAACCUGUUGGCUCUAUUGGAAAAAAUAUGGAGGCCUGAAAAUGCCCACCCAGUCAGAAGAAGAGAAGUUAUCUCCCAGCCCAACUACAGAGGACCCUCGUGUCAGGAGUCAUGUGUCUCGCCAGGCCAUGCAGGGGAUGCCAGUUCGAAACACUGGGAGCCCCAAGUCUGCAGUGAAGACCCGCCAAGCUUUCUUCCUUCACACUACAUAUUUCACAAAAUUUGCUCGUCAGGUCUGCAAAAAUACCCUUCGGCUGCGGCAGGCAGCAAGACGGCCGUUUGUUCCUAUUAAUUAUGCUGCCAUUAGGGCAGAAUAUGCAGACAGACAUGCCGAACUAUCUGGAAGCCCACUGAAAAGCAAAAGCACUAGGAAACCUUUGGCAUGUAUCAUUGGGUACUUAGAGAUCCAUCCUUCGAAGAAACCUAAUGUCAUUCGAUCUACACCAAGCCUGCAAACCCCCACUACCAAGCGGAUGCUAACCACCCCAAAUCACACGUCUCUGAGCAUUUUGGGGAAAAGGAACUACAGUCAUCACAAUGGCCUGGAUGGACCUCCUCCUGUAUUUCCAGCUGUAUUGGCAGCCUCAAACUCUGAACUCUCCCUGAUUGUUCAGCCCGCUUAG